AAACCAAACCAAAACUCAUCCAACUUCAUCCCCUCUUGGUGUGUUUUCAUGUGAGAAUCACUUUUCUAACAAGUGGAUGACAUCAAUAUUCUUUGUCUUUUCUCAUAUCAUCAAUACAUAUAAAACCCGACACAAAUAAGAUGAACACAAACAAUUUUUGUCUAGAAAGAUCUCAAUAUGUCUGCCAACACAAUGUCAAGCAAUCUCGAGAGAGAAACCUUUCGAGAAUUCUUCGAAAAUUGGUUGGUCGAGCAAAAUCAAUACCUGAGCGAACUCAUUUCUUUAGCAAAAGCCAACGACGCCAAUCCAACAUGUUCGAACGACGUCGACAUGCUAAUCAAACGAGUCAUGGAGUGUUACGAGCAUUACUACAAGGUGAAAUCCCAUUGGAUAGACCAAGAUGCAAUGGCAAUGCUAAAGCCAACAUGGAUAUCAUCAUUGGAAGACACAUUCCUAUGGCUAGGAGGAUGGCGACCAAGCAUGGCUUUUCACUUACUCUACUCGAAAUCCGGUCUCCAACUCGAAGGUCGUCUUCCCGAGCUAAUCCAAGGCCUCUCGACCGGAGAUCUAGCCGACCUCUCCUACGAACAAAUUAUGAAAACCGACACGUUACAAAGGGCGACGAUUAAGAAAGAGAGGGAAAUAAGUGAAGAGAUGGCGAAAUAUCAAGAGACAAUAGCUGAUCCAUCAAUGGUGGAGCUAGCUCAUGUGGCGAGUGAGUCCAAAAGGGAAAGGGGAGAGUCAUCGGGUGAGUGCAUGACAAGAAUGGAAGAGCAAUUGACUGUGGCUUUGGAAAGAAGAGAAGAUGGUUUGAAAGAGAUAGUGAAAAUGGCUGAUGAACUAAGGCUUACAACGUUGAAGGAAAUUCUUGGGAUAUUGACAAAAUCACAAACGGUUCAUUUUUUCAUAGCGGCUGCGGAGUUGCACUUGAGGAUUCAUGAGUGGGGAUUGCAAAGAGAUUGUGGACGACGAUCUAAGGAACCAAAUUGAUCCAAAAAUGGUUUUGUUUUUGGAAAAUAAAAUGGUUUGAUCUUGAAAUAGUAAGCUAGGUAUUGGUUUUGUUGUUUGUGUUGUGUUCUUUGUUGUCUCAAUUCAAUAAGUUCUCUUGUUGGUGGUGGUAUGUAAUUGUGUCAUAUGGCAUUACUCAGUUUUUUUUAAAGGAGGAAUUUGUUUAACCAUGCACGUUUUUAUCUUGACAUGCUCAUUUGGGUCAUAACCUACUCUCUUCUUAUUAUAGUUGAGAUACCCA